AUGAACGCUCCCGACGCUUGGGGUAACAGAUAUCUCAAUAAUUUAGGGCAAACAAAGAAAAAAUGGCAGAUUACCUCUCAUAUCGAGUUUUGGCCAGAUUGGGACGGGAAGGCAAAAAUCGAUUAUAGAGUGGUUGCAAAGUGCCUGCACUGCUCAAAGUACUGGAAGCAUCCUACAUUCAGAGAGACUGGAAACGAAGGUCUCGGAAAGCUGGGAAAGCUACCUCAAUACAAUAUUAGCAACAUACUAGUACAUUUGAGUCAUGUCCAUGCUAUCAAUCCAGACAGUGGAGAGGAGGCAGAGUCCGAAGGAUCGAUGAUAACUGCUCCAAAGCCACUUCCAAUUCCAGCCGCUCCACCCAUACAAGCCUAUACAUAUCAACAACCAGUUCCAUCCGCUUUUUAUACACCAUCCCUCCCAUCAUCACGUGUGUCUGUGCCAGAAAGUCGAGUGCCUUUAUCUAUGCCAUCCAAGCUUCCAGAUUGGGCACAUUACAAGGAUCGAGAAUCAUCCACCAAGAACUUUUUCGAGUUCUUCAAACAAAAGCACCUUAACGGUGAGGAUGAGGUCAAUCGUCAGUCAUGGGUAGAGGCAAUCAACACACUGUUGAAAUUCAAACCUAUGGAUUUCACAUUUUUUGUCGCUGAUGUAUUAUUUCUACUGCGACAGAAUGAAUGGGAAUGGGGAGCAUUUCUCGGAGACUGGAGCUUUGACGAGUUGAGCCAAGCAAUCACUCGUGCUGAAAAUCCUUGUGCCUUCUUCACUGAUAUGUUGCAGUGUGGCUUCGCACCAACUGGCAAUGCGCAUGUUCUAUCUGACAAGCUGAGACUACAACCUUGUCCGUCAGCUCAUCAGCUAGCAACAAUAUUCGAACGUGUCAAAUCGGUUCCAACAUGGACCAAAUUUGUCUGUUUAUUGGCAGUUCGUGUCUGCUGGCAGAUUGGAGUGUACAGUGAAUCUUCGUAUCCUCAACAGCCUACUCAGCAACCAUUUUUAUACUCAUCAUCCAUUCCCCCACCACCAAUGCCAUAUGUAAACGGUCAGUCACACACGAAUCCAGUCGUCCCUAUAUCCCCUGCUCCUGGUAUGAUGGAAGCCGCAAACGAAUAUAUGCCCCCCAAGGCCACAAAUGAUUGGACUGGGAAUUACAAUACCCAUGGCGGGAGUUACAACAGCAAUGUCAACAACAUUCACGCCAAUAGCAGUAACCACAACUUCAACAUGUAUGAUCCAACCUCUACCCCCAACUUCCAACCGAAAUAUGAUAGUAGAAUCCCUGAAGACUUCGAAACAAAUAAUACUGCCUCCAACCACCAACCGAAAUACGAUAGUAGAAUACCGGAAGACUGCGACGAGACCGAACCAGAUAUCGAAACAGAAAAUAUCGAUUCAAGUUUCCAAGCCAAAGCAGUCGACAGAAACGACGAAGAUUUCGUCGCUGCUGGUAUACUGUCGAAAUUAUUUGAGAGUUCCAAGAGCCAAUCCGAGUCUGGUAUAUUGUCGACAUUACGCGAGAGCUUCAAGGGCCUAUCCGAGUCCGCUGCCUCGCAUAACAGUCCAUCUAGCGUCCUGCUCCCAAGUCGAAUUGUUCGAAGUGUUGUGGAUACAGGCGGACCGACAUUGAGGUUGCCAGAACCUCCAACUACCCACCGCAUGCCAAUCAUAGAUAGUGAUUCUGAAGAGACUCCCAAUGGAGGUGACAAGGCAAAUGACUCUAUGGAGGUGGAUCCUGCUUCAUGCAAGAAAGAAACUGUCGAUUCCACAGAUAAUACACCGAGAAGCCAAAGUUAUAACCAAGGAGAAAUUGUGGACUCGCCUCCUCACCACUCUUCUGAUGAUAUGGAAGAGGAUGAAGGACCAGAUGUACAUGAUGCGCAUGAUGCACAUGAGCAGGAAACUUAUCGUCGAGUCCGACCACGACGAGAAGCAGCUCAUGCAGCAAUUUCAGAUGCUAUGGCCUAUCGAGAUGAAGCUGCUGGUGGUGGUGCUAGCAGGGGCAAAAGCAAAUCCUCGAGGUACCAUUGUGAGAUGUGCAAUUAUAGCUUCACCAGAGGAUCCGACUUGAAACGUCAUAUGACUAUACAUGGUGUUGGCAAACCACAGUAUCCGUGUACCGUCUGCAACGUAUCAUUCACGAGGAAGGAUAACCUCAAUGCUCAUAUGCGAAGGAAGCAUAACGGUUGA